AUGCUCAUCCCCCAGUCCGCACUCUGCUUCGUUCACUCGUCACAUCCCGCUGACGUAGCAACACACAAGAAAAGAAUACGCUCCCAUGCCGCCAAAAACGCCGUGAUGCGCCAACAGCGUGUCGUCAACUAUCAAAUCGCCAAGGCGAUGCGCUCCUCUGUUGUUGGUGCUGACGGCGCUAAGCCUGGUCUCGUUCUGGCCGCCGCGAUAAACAGCCCUGUUUUGAAGUUUGAGAGAUUCUUACUUCAUCACUUCGUGGUCCACGUCAUUGGUCAAGCUGUGACAUGCAUUCCAUUCGAUGCGAUUUCGCACGGUGACAAGCACGCGGCAAAGUGGCACUUGCGUGCAGCAUCCAUCAUGGUCAACAGUAGAGGCGGAAUACAAGGAAUCGCCAGUAAUGGGUCUUUGGGAAAACUACUUGUUUGGAUAUUGAAAGAUCCUAUCCACCAAAAUGGCGCACUGGUUGGUCCAAAUUGCCUGGCUUCUGUCUUUACUCGCCAAAAUAUGAAGUUGAACCAAGCUCAAAACAACCCGGUUACAUAA